CAGCCUCACUCUCCGGCCCCAGCCCGCAGCAGCCGCCGCCGAGCGGAGCGCACCUGACCCAGGCGGGCGGGGCGGCAGGCGGGGCGCGGGGCUGACGUGGCCCGCGGCAUGGAGCGGGCGUGAUUCAUCAGCAGCCGCGCCGGGGCGGCAUGGGGGCGCGCGCGGCGGCCGCCUAGGCGCCCAGGGCCAGCCAGCGGCGGCGUCCCCGGCCCGGCUUGCCCGCGCUUCUCUCCCUGUGGGCGGCGGCCCGGCGCCUGGAAGGUCAAGAUGGAAGAAAUCCUGAGGAAGCUGCAGAAGGAGGCGUCCGGGAGCAAGUACAAAGCCAUCAAGGAGAGCUGCACCUGGGCCCUGGAAACUCUAGGUGGUCUGGAUACCAUUGUCAAGAUCCCUCCACAUGUACUGAGGGAGAAAUGCCUGCUGCCUCUCCAGUUGGCUUUGGAAUCCAAGAAUGUGAAGCUAGCCCAACAUGCUUUGGCAGGGAUGCAGAAGCUUCUGUCGGAAGAGAGGUUUGUAUCCAUGGAAACAGAUUCUGAUGAGAAGCAGCUGCUCAAUCAGAUCCUGAAUGCCGUGAAAGUGACGCCUUCGCUCAACGAGGACCUGCAGGUGGAAGUGAUGAAGGUUUUACUAUGCAUCACCUACACGCCGACAUUUGAUCUGAAUGGGAGUGCCGUGCUGAAGAUCGCGGAGGUGUGCAUUGAGACAUACAUAAGCAGCUGUCACCAGCGUAGCAUAAACACUGCUGUGCGGGCAACUCUCAGUCAAAUGCUGAGUGACUUGACUUUACAGUUACGACAGAGGCAGGAGAAUACGAUAAUUGAAAACCCAGAUGUCCCACAGGAAUUCGGGAAUCAAGGGUCAACAGUAGAGUCCCUCUGUGAUGAUGUUGUCUCUGUACUCACCGUCCUGUGUGAGAAGCUGCAAGCCGCCAUAAAUGACAGCCAGCAGCUGCAGCUUCUCUACCUGGAGUGCAUCCUGUCUGUGCUCAGCAGCUCCUCUUCCUCCAUGCACCUGCACAGGCGCUUCACGGACCUGAUCUGGAAAAACCUCUGCCCUGCUCUCAUCGUGAUCCUGGGGAAUCCAAUUCAUGACAAAACCAUCACCUCUGCUCACAGCAGCAGCACCAGUACCAGCCUGGAGUCGGACUCUGCGUCUCCGGGAGUGUCUGACCACGGCCGGGGAUCAGGCUGCUCCUGCACUGCGCCGGCCCUGAGCGGACCUGUGGCUCGGACUAUCUAUUACAUCGCAGCCGAGCUGGUCCGGCUGGUGGGGUCCGUGGACUCCAUGAAGCCUGUGCUCCAGUCCCUCUACCACCGAGUGCUGCUCUACCCCCCACCCCAGCACCGGGUGGAAGCCAUCAAAAUAAUGAAAGAGAUACUCGGAAGCCCACAGCGUCUCUGUGACUUGGCAGGACCCAGCUCCACUGAAUCAGAGUCCAGAAAAAGAUCAAUUUCAAAAAGAAAGUCUCAUCUGGAUCUCCUCAAACUCAUCAUGGAUGGCAUGACGGAAGCAUGCAUCAAGGGUGGCAUCGAAGCUUGCUAUGCAGCCGUGUCCUGUGUCUGCACCUUGCUGGGUGCCCUGGAUGAGCUCAGCCAGGGGAAGGGCUUGAGUGAAGGUCAGGUGCAACUGCUGCUUCUGCGCCUUGAGGAGCUGAAGGAUGGGGCUGAAUGGAGCCGAGAUUCCAUGGAGAUCAAUGAGGCUGACUUCCGCUGGCAGCGGCGAGUGCUGUCCUCAGAACACACGCCAUGGGAGUUAGGGAACGAGAGGAGCCUUGACAUCAGCAUCAGUGUCACCACAGACACAGGCCAGACCACUCUCGAGGGAGAGUUGGGUCAGACUACACCCGAGGACCGUUUGGGAAACCACAAGAACAGUCUCAAGUCGCCAGCCAUCCCAGAGGGCAAGGAGACGCUGAGCAAAGUAUUGGAAACAGAGGCGGUAGACCAGCCAGAUGUCGUGCAGAGAAGCCACACGGUCCCUUACCCUGACAUAACUAACUUCCUGUCAGUAGACUGCAGGACAAGGUCUUAUGGAUCUAGGUAUAGUGAGAGCAAUUUUAGCGUUGAUGACCAAGACCUUUCUAGGACAGAGUUUGAUUCCUGUGAUCAGUACUCUAUGGCAGCAGAAAAGGACUCGGGCAGGUCCGACGUGUCGGACAUUGGGUCAGACAACUGUUCACUAGCCGAUGAAGAGCAGACUCCCCGGGACUGCCUAGGCCACCGGUCCCUGCGAACUGCCGCCCUGUCUCUAAAACUGCUGAAGAACCAGGAGGCGGAUCAGCAUAGUGCCAGGCUGUUCAUACAGUCCCUGGAAGGCCUCCUCCCUCGGCUCCUGGCUCUCUCCAAUGUAGAGGAGGUGGACACCGCUCUGCAGAACUUUGCCUCUACUUUCUGCUCAGGCAUGAUGCACUCUCCUGGCUUUGACGGAAAUAGCAGCCUCAGCUUCCAGAUGCUGAUGAACGCAGACAGCCUCUACACAGCUGCACACUGCGCCCUGCUCCUCAACCUGAAGCUCUCCCACGGUGACUACUACAGGAAGCGGCCAACCCUGGCACCAGGCGUGAUGAAGGACUUCAUGAAGCAGGUGCAGACCAGCGGUGUGCUGAUGGUCUUCUCCCAGGCCUGGAUUGAGGAGCUCUACCAUCAGGUGCUCGACAGGAACAUGCUUGGAGAGGCUGGCUAUUGGGGCAGCCCGGAAGAUAACAGCCUUCCCCUCAUCACAAUGCUGACCGAUAUUGAUGGCUUAGAGAGCAGUGCCAUUGGUGGCCAGCUAAUGGCCUCGGCUGCUACAGAGUCUCCUUUCACCCAGAGCAGGAGAAUCGAUGACUCCACAGUGGCAGGUGUGGCAUUUGCUCGCUAUAUUCUGGUGGGCUGCUGGAAGAACUUGAUCGAUACUUUAUCAACCCCACUGACUGGUCGAAUGGCAGGGAGCUCCAAAGGGCUGGCCUUCAUUCUGGGAGCUGAAGGCAUCAAAGAGCAGAACCAGAAGGAGCGGGACGCCAUCUGCAUGAGCCUUGACGGGCUGCGGAAAGCCGCACGGCUGAGCUGCGCUCUAGGGGUUGCUGCUAACUGCGCCUCAGCCCUUGCCCAGAUGGCAGCUGCCUCCUGUGUCCAAGAAGAAAAAGAAGAGAGGGAGGCCCAAGAACCCAGUGAUGCCAUCACACAAGUGAAACUAAAAGUGGAGCAGAAACUGGAGCAGAUUGGGAAGGUGCAGGGGGUGUGGCUGCACACUGCCCAUGUCUUGUGCAUGGAGGCCAUCCUCAGCGUGGGCCUGGAGAUGGGAAGCCACAACCCGGACUGCUGGCCACACGUGUUCAGGGUGUGUGAGUACGUGGGCACCCUGGAGCACAACCACUUCAGCGAUGGCGCCUCGCAGCCCCCUCUGACCAUCAGCCAGCCCCAGAAGGCCACUGUGAGCGCUGGCCUCCUUGGGGACCCCGAGUGUGAGGGCUCGCCCCCCGAGCAGAGCCCGGAGCAGGGGCGCUCCCUGAACACGGCCCCCGUCGUCCAGCCCUUGUCCAUCCAGGACCUCGUCCGGGAAGGCAGCCGGGGCCGGGCCUCCGACUUCCGCGGCGGGAGCCUCAUGAGCGGGAGCAGCGCAGCCAAGGUGGUGCUCACCCUCUCCACGCAAGCCGACAGGCUCUUUGAAGAUGCUACGGAUAAGUUGAACCUCAUGGCCCUGGGAGGUUUUCUUUACCAGCUGAAGAAAGCAUCGCAGUCUCAGCUUUUCCAUUCCGUUACAGAUACAGUUGAUUACUCUCUGGCAAUGCCAGGAGAAGUUAAAUCCACUCAAGACCGAAAAAGUGCCCUCCACCUGUUCCGCCUGGGGGAUGCCAUGCUGAGGAUUGUGCGGAGCAAAGCACGGCCCCUGCUCCACGUGAUGCGCUGCUGGAGCCUUGUGGCCCCACACCUGGUGGAGGCUGCUUGCCAUAAGGAAAGACAUGUGUCUCAGAAGGCUGUUUCCUUCAUCCAUGACAUACUGACAGAGGUCCUCACUGACUGGAAUGAGCCACCUCAUUUUCACUUCAAUGAAGCACUCUUCCGACCUUUCGAGCGCAUCAUGCAGCUGGAGUUGUGUGAUGAGGACGUCCAAGACCAGGUUGUCACAUCCAUUGGUGAGCUGGUUGAAGUGUGUUCCACGCAGAUCCAGUCGGGAUGGAGACCCUUGUUCAGUGCCCUGGAAACAGUGCACGGUGGGAACAAGUCGGAGAUGAAGGAGUACCUGGUUGGUGACUACUCCAUGGGAAAAGGCCAAGCUCCAGUGUUUGAUGUAUUUGAAGCUUUUCUCAAUACCGACAAUAUCCAGGUCUUUGCUAAUGCAGCCACUAGCUACAUCAUGUGCCUUAUGAAGUUUGUCAAAGGACUGGGGGAGGUGGACUGUAAAGAGAUUGGAGACUGUGCCCCGGCACCCGGAGCCCCAUCCACAGACCUGUGCCUCCCGGCCCUGGAUUACCUCAGGCGCUGCUCUCAGUUACUGGCCAAAAUCUACAAAAUGCCCUUGAAGCCAAUAUUCCUUAGUGGGAGACUUGCCAGCUUGCCUCGAAGACUUCAGGAACAGUCAGCCAGCAGUGAGGAUGGAAUUGAAUCAGUCCUGUCUGAUUUUGAUGAUGACACCGGUCUAAUAGAAGUCUGGAUAAUCCUGCUGGAGCAGCUGACAGCGGCUGUGUCCAAUUGUCCACGGCAGCACCAACCACCAACUUUGGAUUUACUCUUUGAGCUGUUGAGAGAUGUGACCAAAACACCAGGACCAGGGUUUGGUAUCUAUGCAGUGGUUCACCUCCUCCUUCCUGUGAUGUCCCUUUGGCUCCGCCGGAGCCAUAAAGACCAUACCUACUGGGAUAUGGCCUCUGCCAAUUUCAAGCACGCUAUUGGUCUGUCCUGUGAGCUGGUGGUGGAGCACAUUCAAAGCUUUCUACAUUCAGACAUCAGGUACGAGAGCAUGAUCAAUACCAUGCUGAAGGACCUCUUUGAGCUGCUGGUCGCCUGUGUGGCCAAGCCCACUGAAACCAUCUCCAGAGUGGGCUGCUCCUGUAUUAGAUACGUCCUUGUGACAGCGGGCCCUGUGUUCACUGAGGAGAUGUGGAGGCUUGCCUGCUGUGCCCUGCAAGAUGCGUUCUCUGCCACACUCAAGCCAGUGAAGGACCUGCUGGGCUGCUUCCACAGCGGCACGGAGAGCUUCAGCGGGGAAGGCUGCCAGGUGCGGGUGGCGGCCCCGUCCUCCUCCCCAAGUGCCGAGGCCGAGUACUGGCGCAUCCGAGCCAUGGCCCAGCAGGUGUUUAUGCUGGACACCCAGUGCUCACCAAAGACACCAAACAACUUUGACCACGCUCAGUCCUGCCAGCUCAUUAUUGAGCUGCCUCCUGAUGAAAAACCAAAUGGACACACCAAGAAAAGCGUGUCUUUCAGGGAAAUUGUGGUGAGCCUGCUGUCUCAUCAGGUGUUACUCCAGAACUUAUAUGACAUCUUGUUAGAAGAGUUUGUCAAAGGCCCCUCUCCUGGAGAGGAAAAGACGAUCCAAGUGCCAGAAGCCAAGCUGGCUGGCUUCCUCAGAUACAUCUCCAUGCAGAACUUGGCAGUCAUAUUCGACCUGCUGCUGGACUCUUAUAGGACUGCCAGGGAGUUUGACACCAGCCCCGGGCUGAAGUGCCUGCUGAAGAAAGUGUCUGGCAUCGGGGGCGCCGCCAACCUCUACCGCCAGUCUGCGAUGAGCUUUAACAUUUAUUUCCAUGCCCUGGUGUGUGCUGUUCUCACCACUCAAGAAACCAUCACGGCCGAGCAAGUGAAGAAGGUCCUUUUUGAGGACGACGAGAGAAGCACAGAUUCUUCCCAGCAGUGUUCAUCUGAGGAUGAAGACAUCUUUGAGGAAACGGCCCAGGUCAGCCCCCCGAGAGGCAAGGAGAAGAGACAGUGGCGGGCACGGAUGCCCUUGCUCAGCGUCCAGCCUGUCAGCAACGCAGACUGGGUGUGGCUGGUCAAGAGGCUGCACAAGCUGUGCAUGGAACUGUGCAACAACUAUAUCCAGAUGCACUUGGACCUGGAGAACUGUUUGGAGGAGCCUCCCAUCUUCAAGGGCGACCCGUUCUUCGUCCUGCCCUCCUUCCAGUCCGAGUCAUCCACCCCAUCCACCGGGGGCUUCUCUGGGAAAGAAACCCCUUCUGAGGACGACAGAAGCCAGUCCCGGGAGCACACGGGCGAGUCCCUGAGCCUGAAGGCCGGUGGUGGGGACCUGCUGCUGCCCCCCAGCCCCAAAGUGGAGAAGAAGGAUCCCAGCCGGAAGAAGGAGUGGUGGGAGAAUGCAGGAAACAAAAUCUACACCAUGGCGGCCGACAAGACCAUUUCAAAGUUGAUGACCGAAUACAAAAAGAGGAAACAGCAGCACAACCUGUCCGCGUUCCCCAAAGAGGUCAAAGUCGAGAAGAAAGGAGAGCCACUGGGUCCUAGGGGCCAGGACUCCCCGCUGCUUCAGCGUCCCCAGCACUUGAUGGACCAAGGGCAAAUGCGGCAUUCCUUCAGCGCAGGCCCCGAGCUGCUGCGCCAGGACAAGAGGCCCCGCUCAGGCUCCACCGGGAGCUCCCUUAGUGUCUCGGUGAGAGACGCAGAAGCACAGAUCCAGGCAUGGACCAACAUGGUGCUAACAGUUCUCAAUCAGAUUCAGAUUCUCCCAGACCAGACCUUCACGGCCCUCCAGCCCGCAGUGUUCCCGUGCAUCAGUCAGCUGACCUGUCACGUGACCGACAUCAGAGUUCGCCAGGCUGUGAGGGAGUGGCUGGGCAGGGUGGGCCGUGUCUAUGACAUCAUUGUGUAGCCGACUCCUGUUCUACUCGCCCACCAAAUAACAGUAGUGAGGGUUAGAGUCUGCCUGCCAAUCCAACUGUUGCAUUUUCCCCACUGCUAGCCCCACUUAAACUACUGUCUCAGAGAACAACGUUUCCUAAUGUAAAAAGCCUUUCCAACCACUGAUCAGCAUUGGGGCCAUACUAAGGUUUGUAUCUAGAUGACACAAACGAUAUUCUGAUUUUGCACAUUAUUACAGAAGAAUCUAUAAUCCUUGAUAUGUUUCUAACUCUUGAAGUAUAUUUCCCAGUGCUUUUGCUUACAGUGUUGUCCCCAAAUGGGUCAUUUUCAAGGAUUACUCAUUUGAAAACACUAUAUUGAUCCAUUUGAUCCAUCAUUUUAAAAAUAAAUACAAUUCCUAAGGCAAUAUCUGCUGGUAAGUCAAGCUAAUAUGUAAACACUCAGACAUCUAGUACCAGGGAUUAUUAAUUGGAGGAAGAUUUAUGGUUAUGGUUCUGGCUGGGAAGAAGAGAACUAUAAAAACAUAUUCUUGGGUGUCAUAAUCAAGAAAGAGGUGACUUCUGUUGUAAAAUAAUCCAGAACACUUCAAAAUUAUUCCUAAAUCAUUAAGAUUUUCAGGUAUUCACCAGUUUCCCCGUAUAAGGUACUGUUGUACCUUUAUUUCUGUAUUUCUGAAAGAAGAAAGUUCUUUCCUAGAAGGGUUUGAAGUCUGUGGCUUAUCAGCCUGUGACACAGAGUACCCAGUGAAAGUGGCUGAUACAUAGAUUAGAUUGUCAAGAGACAUGGCUGUUCUUGUGGUGUUUGUUUCCGUCCCCAAGGCAAACAAGGAAAGGAAAGAAAAAAAGGUGCCUUAGUCCUUUGUUGCACUUCCAUUUCUAUGCCCCACAAUUAUCUGAACAUAAGGUAUAGCAUUUGGUUUUUAAGAAAACAAAACAUUAAAACGCAACUCAUUUUAUAUCAACACACUUGGAGGAAAGGGACUCAGGGAAGGGAGCAGGGAGUGUGGGGUGGGGAUGGAUUAUGAUGAAAUCAUUUUCAAUCUUAAAAUAUAACACAACAAUCUUGCAAAAUUAUAGUGUCAGUUACACAAGCUCUAGUCUCAAAAUUAAAGUAAUGGAGAAAGACACUGAAAUUUAGAAAAUUUUGUCUAUUUAAAAUAUUUCUCCUACCUACCAAGUAAAGUUACCCUAUGUUUGAUGUCUUUUCAUUCAGACCAAUAUUGCAGGUGGAUAUUUCUAAGUAUUACUAGAAAAUACGUUUGAAAGCUUUAUCUUAUUAUUUACAGUAUUUUUAUAUUUAUUUCUUACAUUAUCCUAAUGAUUGAAAACUCCUCAAUCAAGCUUACUUACUACACAUUCUACAGAGCAGAGUUAUUUAAGGCAUACAUUAUAAUCUCUCAGCCCCAUUCAUAAUGAAUAAGUCACCCUUUAAAUAUAAGACAUAAAUUCUACAGUAUUGAAAUAAGGAUUUAAAGGGGUAUUUGUAAACUUUGCCCUCCUUGAGAAAUAUGGAACUAACUUAGAGGUUAAGAGGAAGGCAGUGUUCUGACUUCUUUAGGUGAUCUGAAAAAAAGGCCCUUAUCAUUCAGUGUGCCAUCUAGCGAUCACCGCAGAAUCCAUUUUUUUUUCCCAGUUCCACAAAACACUCUGUUUGCCUUCAGUUUUUACUCACUAGACAAUAAUUCAAGUUUAGAAACAGUUAAUCGGCUAUUUGAUCUUAAAAGGCAAUGAAUUGUUGGGAUAUCAAUGAACUAUAUUGUAUACUUUUGAAUUUUUACAUUUUAUAAAUGGAAUUGAAAGUUGGAUAACUGCUUUUUUUUAAUUUUCCAACAGAAGUAACACCACAGUUACUUUGUUUCUUUUUAUAGCUUAUCUGAGGUUCAGUUCUUCUUUGUGAACCUGUGAGUACUCCACAGUUUACUGGGGGAAAAGGCUUCAGUAAAGCAGUGGCUAGAAUUACAGUAUUUAUACAUAGCAACUUUUCAUAUAGUAGAAAAAUUCAAAGGAAGCUGUCUCAAUUUGAGAAUACCAGCUGGGCACGGUGGCUCAUGCCUGUAAUCCCAGCACUUUGGGAAGCCAAGAUGGGUGGAUAACCUGCGGUCCGGAGUUUGAGACCAGCCUGGACAACAUGGUGAAACCUCGUCUCUACUAAAAAUACAAAAAUUAGCCAGGUGUGGUAAUAUGCACCUGUAAUCCCAGCUUACUUAGGAAGCUGAGACAGGAGAAUCGCUCGAACCCAGGAGGCGGAUGUUGCAGUGAGCCAAGAUUGCACCAUUGCACUCCAGACUGGGUGACAAGAGUGAAACUCCAUCUAAAAAAAAAAAAAAAAAAAUGUAAGUGAAUACUGUGUCCCAAAGUAUGUUAGUUGUUUGGAAAUCAGCAUUCUCCCCAGUGCUCUAUUAUGGGAUCCAAAAUUCUUGAACAUAAGUUUACCCUGUACUGUGUCCGAACACUGUUCUAGUUCUAGCCUGAUUAUGGGUCCCAAGAAUAAAAGGAUGAGAAGGUGUACAGAGCUCUUGACCUACAAUUUUUUAAGAGUGUUUUGGUACCUUCCCAUUGUCUUCUCUGUAACUCAAUCCUAACAUACUCUGCACUCAAGUUACUGGACAUCCACACUGACAUCAGAUUUCAACCAGAACCAUCACUGAGUGACAGCAGUACUUCUCAGAGGUAUUUGCAGCUUGAUGCAAAGUAGUCUCUAAUGAGUAGGCCUUCAGGUGAUUCUUCCCAGCAGGUGGAGAAGAAAGGGAGGAGAUGAAGAACACUGAGAGGGGAGUGGCACCUUCCCAGGCUGCCCAGCUCGGUCUCUUGCCCUGUUCCUGUGACUCAGCUGCCCACUCCCCCAACUUUGUUUCACUCCCUCCCAGUCUCUGAAAGUGUCAGGUGUUUCUCUCCUCACAGUCUCUUGCAGCAACAGUAAGACAAAAUUCAAGGCAGCCUUUUAAAGUUAUUAGCAUGUAUUUACAGACCUAAGCAGAAUGAGAGUUUAUACAUUGAUUUAGUUGCCUGUAUUUAUAGCCAAAAGUAUAUUACUUUAAAGUUGAGAUCAUUCUCUUCUUUUCCUAAAUUUUGGUAAAGUGUGCUUCAUGAAACAAACAUCUGGAAAACUCCAAAUAUAAGAGACCCUGGACUGAUGAUGGCCCAUCCAAGUAUAUGGAGGGACAGAGUUCUCUCUGUCAUUAAUGAGGACAUCAGUUUUCACAAUUGAACCUCAUGCACUGUCCAUAGCAUCUCACCUAGCUCUUGUAUCUCCUGAUCUGCUUUUAAAAAUAGUUACGCUGCCUUUUUACACCAUCUUCUCUCUCUCCCCUUAUGGUAAUUUUCCAGCCUUCCCCAUAGAUAUAAAACUAGAACACCUUUAUGAUUUGGGGUCUAUUUAAUGACUGACCAGUAAGAACCCAGGCAGAUGCUAACAUACUUAACAGCUCGCAUUAAUAUACUUUAAAUCAGGCGUGGUGGCUCAUUCCUGUAAUCUCAGCACUUUGGGAGGCUAAGGCGGGUGGAUCUCUUGAGGUUAGGAGUUCAAGACCAACCUGGCCAACGUGGUGAAACCCCGUCUCUAUUAAAAAUACAAAAUUAGCCGGGCAUGGUGGCAGCUGCCUGUAAUCCCAGCUACUCGGGAGGCUGAGGCAGGAGAAUUGUUUGAACUUGGGAGGUGGGGAUUGCAGUCAGCCAAGAUUGUACUCCAGCAUGGGUGACAAAGUGAGACUUUGUCUCAAGUAAAUAAAAAUAAAAUUUUUAAAUCAAACAUGACAAAAAUGUUAAUAUAAUUCAAAAGUACCUUGAAAUUGAAACAUAUUUGUACAAUGAUCAUUAGGCUUUUUGUCCUUGAUGUUUUAAAAUAAGACUUAUACAGAGUUAGUUGAGUCAAGUAGCCUUCGCUGUGAGAAGGUAAUGCAGUUAUAUAAUAGAUACCCUUGACUUUGCCAGAUUCAUCACAAUACUGCUUAUACAGGAAAGUUUUCUAAGAAAGGAAAAUCCAUUCGUAUCAGUCCCAUCAAGCUAAACAGAAUGAAGACCUUUGAUAGUAAUAGCAAGCAGUUACAAAUAGCAGGGAGGAGGCGAGUGGUGAAUGUCACUGUGAUUGCAAACUCUUACCUGUAUUAUCACGCGUAGUCCUCAUAACAACCUUGUGAGACAAGUAUUGUGUUCCUCAUUUUUUCAGAGGAGAACACAGACCCAGAAAGGUUAAGAAAUUUGCCCAAGAUAACAAGUAAAAGGCAAAGUUGGUUGCAAAAGAGGAGUUUCUGAAUUCAAGGGCCAUACUCUCUCUGACAACAUGCUCUAAGUCCAUAGAGUAAGCACUGUAGUAUGAAAAAAUGUUUCAAGGAAUGAGGCCAUGAAAAUGAGACUAUUUGACAUCUCAGAUCUGUCUGGGAUGUUAUGGAGGUUUUAAAAAAAAAAGUUGAAAAAAGAAAAUGAAUCAUGUUUAUACAUAAAAAAAUCACAUGUAACACAUUUCAAGUGUUUGAACAUAAAACCAAAAUCUAAACUUUAAUCUUCAAGCAGACAUUCAGUAUUACUUUAGAAAACUCACUGAAUUAGGUGGAAAUGAUGGAAUAAUACUAUUCAUGGCCAGCUAUUAACACAGAAGAACAUGGCAGCAUGUGUCUGGAACAGCAUGCACAAUUUGUAAACCUUUUUCAAAUAUCAUUUAAUCAACUCAGAAUAAAGUGCCCUGUAGCCAACAGUGCCUCUUUACUUGCUUCUCUGGGAAAUACAUGGUACUAAAUUAGUAGCACAAAGUUUGGGAAUAUGCAAAAUAAUGGAUAACCAUUUUACAAAAUGUACAUUCUCUGAAGAGGAAGCAGCUGGUUGGACAGGAUUUCUUGAAGAGCCAGGUGCUAAGGGCAUCAGGUCGACAUCCAUAGUAACCAUGUGCCAUAACAUCUACACAUUUCCACUUGUUUUACAGACAAGGAAACAGGCAGAAGGAAAAUCCAGAGUCUUGCAGUAAGCAGAUGACAAAACUUCAGUAUGCUUGGGCACCACUUAGGUGACCCCAGGGAGAUUUAGUGUGGCCUUAGGAAAGCAAAAGAGCACUUUUUAUUGAAAAUAUGAGCUUGUCACUGGGAAAGAUUUGUAAAAUUGAUCAAGAACUUGAUUUAUAAUUAUGCCUCAAAAAAAAAUGUUCUCAUUUAGUAGUGGAGCAAUCUAGAAAACAUACCUUUUUUUGUUUGGAAGAUCCUCUUUCUCUGGCUGUAUUGUAGUGUUUGCUAUUUGUUGUGGAAAUAACUAAUAACUUAAGAUUUUGGAACAGAACACCCUUUAGAUUUCCAAAACACAAUUCUUAUUUCAGGGAAGACAGACCAAAAAUAUCUCCUGAGAUCAUCGGUUUCUUUAUAAAUUGUGGUACCACUCCAUCGUUGAAGAGAAACCACUACCACACCACUAGCACCAUACAGAACCUUUUCUCUGUAUCUUUGUACAAUACUACAAAGGGGUACCAGGGAGGAGAGGGUGGCUGACCACUUUAGUGACAAAACGGCACUCCACUGCUGGUGAAUCCCAUCUAAUUAUGGUCCUUCCACCCUUUUCAACCACCAAGAACUUGUUUGUACUGUUAAUUCCUAUCCUGAAGGUUUAACCAGUGGUUGUCUAGUAUCUUUUGUCUUUAGAACAGUGGUUCUCAAACUUUAGUACACAUCAGCAUCACCUGGAGGGCCUUUUUUUAAAAUAAGACACAGAUUGCUGGGCUCAUGGUCAGAGUUCCCAGUUAAGUAAAUCAGGAAAUUUGCAUUUCUAACAAGUUUAUAGGCGAGGCCAAUACUGCUGUUUUGGGAACUAUGCUUUGAGAACCACUGCCUUGAAAAAAUUUCCAACUACUACCUUUAAGAUUAGCCUGACUUAUCAAACGCUAGAGAAAAACUGAAUCUACCCUUGGGCAGAUGACUUGGGAUUGGAUUCUAUACAGCAGUCUUGCUCAAUCUUCCCAGUUUCCAGUUUUAUUAUACCAACAAUUGGUUUUUACAAGCUAGAAGACAAUGAAUGUAUAAGUUCUAUGGAACAGUGAGAUAAAUCUAAGCUUCUUGUCUUUGUAUUUAGAAACAUUGAUUCUAUGGAUGAUCAUUUGUAUCAUGUUGACCCUUUGCCUUGUACUGAAGGUGAUUUUAAAUUUAAGUAUGUAGUGUUUGAAUUUCUUCCAUCCUUAUGGUUUUAAUGAGAUGUUUCCAUGUCAGCUCCUUUACAGCCUUGGCUCCUGGCUUACAGAUUUUUGAACAGUUGUGUGCUUGCCAGUUGUUUUACAUCUUUCAUUGGCCACCAAAAUAUUAGCCGUUUGAGAUGAGAUGAGACUACUUAUUGUACCUUCAUCUUUCAUUUAACUGUCUGGCGUAAAUUAACAUUUUAAUUUCAUAUAUAUCUGUUAAGAGUCUACCCAAAGGCUUCACGGAAAUUUGCAAAAUGAACCAAUUCCCUUUUAAGCAGUAGGUGUGUCUGUUUUGACUUUUCAGUAAAUGUGUUUGUGCACUUAUCAACAUGGUGGAGAUCAUAUUCAUUAUUUCAUCUUCCAAAUAAUGGGAAAAAUAUAAAAGUGAAUCAGUGUGCUUUGGGAAUUCAGUGAAAUCAUGUUAACUCAUAUAGAGGGGGCCUUAGUUUAUCUCGUUUAUUUAAUUAAUUAGCUUUGGAAAUUCUUUUACCAUUAAAAAAAAUUAAGGACCAUACAGAGAAUGAUUUAAGAAAAAAAAAUUCACUUAAAAAUCACCUAUUUAUAAACUGUAUUAAUUACACAUAAUGCUUAUUGAUUCAAUGAGGUUUCUCUAAAGACUUCUGCUUAAUAAAUAUGCUGACUUCAUUUAAAUUAAUUUAGACUAUUGUAGGAAUGGAAGGAAAUGAUUAUAUUUACUAGAAUUAGUGAGAUCAGAAAGCAUAUGAGAAUGUUAAUGAUAUCAAGGAGACAAUCUACAGAGUUUUUGCCUCUGUGGAUGGAAAUAAUUGAAGAGUUUUUUUUUUUUUUACUUUAGUUUCCCAUAAUUUUUGGGAAUUAUAUAUGCAUUUAGUUCUUUUAGUAACACUGAUUUUAAAAUUAAAUUCCAAAAGUCAAUCUCUAAGAGUAAUUUAUUUUUGUUUUACCAACCAGUGCCAAAAAGGAGAGGAGGGAAUCCAAAAGCCAAUCUUUUGAACCAAUAUGUAAAAGAUUAUGUUUUCUCUUAAAGUUAGGGAGGCUCAGGCCCUAACACUGCCAGCCCCAGUGAGCAUCCCUGGCUACCUCGGGAUUAUGUGCAAGCUGCUUUGUCCUACAUUUCUUUCAUCUGGUUCUUAUUGGGAGUGCUUCU